CUAGAAGGAUAUUUCAUAAAGCGAAAUGUUCUUACAAUGUUCAGAGUAAACGAUGAACAUGUUCUCACAAAUUUCAUUCGUUAGUCAAAUUAGUUUUUAAAAUUUUUCGAUGUUAAUCAAAUUCUUCAUUACUCAAGUUUUUGUCCAAAUUUUGUUAUUUUCACUUAUUUAUGCGGUUUUUCUUUCCAGUUCUAGCUUCAAAUUUUCACUAAAAAAAAAAUUACACACAAUUAGUUGAAAAAAAAAACUAGUUCGCUGAAUUCACAUUACCCCAAAAAAAUUACAGAAGGAAAAGAAAACCCUAAAAUUGCGCUUCCAGCUCCCCCCUUCCCUCCUGAGAUUCGAGCUUCACUCACUGAGUCACUGACUCGUUUGAUGGCGCCCCCGACCGAAAUCAAAGCUGCUGGCUCCAACGUGGCGGCGCCUUCUGCAUCAUCGUCUCAACCGUUGCGGCCGCCACAACAUUCAUCUGCCUCUUCCUCCUCCUCUGCUGCUCCUCCUCCUUUGCAGUUAGAUUACAAGCAGUGUUUACAAGACCUUGCUAAAAAAUUAAACAUAGUUCUUCCAGAGUAUGAAACAAUUCGUGAUAGAUCUUCAGAAGUUCCAAUGUAUAGGUCAACUGUGCUGGUGGAUGGAAUGAGUUUUACCUCUGAGAUCACUUUAUCCACUCGAAAGGCUGCUGAACAAGAUAUUGCCAGAGUUGCUUUUGAGAACCUAUCUAAGAAAGUUAAAGAUCAUGGAUGUGCUCUUGUUUGUGAGAAUACUGCAUUUGCCAAGUCUGCUUUGGAUGAAUAUGCUGCAAAACUGAAUACAAGACCUACUUAUAACACUGUUAAGCUAGAAGGUCCACCUCCUUGUUUUGAAUAUUCUGUGAUCUUUGAUGGCACAAAAUACACGGGGGAUACUGCUAAAGACAAAAGCUAGGCUGAGCAGUUAGCAGCACGUGCUGUUCUUCUUUCAAUUCUAGGUACGUUUUUAUUUGUGCCUUGUACAAAUUUUUAGAAGUUUCUACUUGGAUGCGCAGUGAUUAAUUAAAGUAAACAGUUCUUUACAACAGGUGGUGCUAACGCAGCAACACUUUACGGGAUGAUAAAAUCACUAUCUAGAAUUUAUGCAGCAUGCGAAGAAAACAACAUCCAAUGUGUUGUCACUGGCCUGUAUCAUCCACAGCAACUAUAGGACAUGCUUCUAAUAUGCAGGAUCAUAAAGAUAAUAUAGUUGCAACUACAGUAUACGCUUCUGAUCUACGGGAUCAUAAAGAUAAGAAAGCUGGAACUAAAAGACGUGCUUCUGUUCGGCUGGCCAAUAAAAAUAAGGUAGUUGCAACUACAAGACAUGCUUCUGAUCCGCAAAAUCAUAAAGCUAAGGAAGUUACAACUACAGUACACACUUCUGAUCCACAGAAUCAUAAAAAUAAGAAAGUUGGAACUAUUACACAUGCUUUUGUUCCGCAGGACAAUAAAGAUAUAGUUGCAACUACGGGACUUGCUUCUGAUCAGAACCAUAAAAGAUAAGGAAGUUUCUACUUCAGGACAUGCAUUUAAUCCACGGGACCAUAAAAGUAAGGAUAACAAUAAAAAGAGAAUUAAACCUGCUUCUUCCAAAAUGUUUUCCUCAUUUCAGAAGCCUGAAGGUGAACCAUCUCUCGAGGCCAUCAAGCUUCUGAAGCUCUUUCUUCAACAAGGAUGUUCAAAAUGACGGACUUGGCAAGAUACUGGUAAUGGUUCCAAUUCAGAAAAGAGGCAAAAGACUGAUGGAAUCUCCGCUACCGAUGCAGCUGUUCAUUGUUCUGCAGCACGACGAUAAUUUGAACGAGGCAAUCAAACUAUUAUGUUGGAUUGAAGAUCUAGUCCUCUCUGUACAAAACCUUUGUACUAUGAAAAAAAGUAUUUAGUUUUUAUUUUCCUUUAUCUUUGUUAAGAAUACUAACCUUGUAUUUAUUGGCGUCAAGCUGAGUAGCAAUUGAUAAUGUUAUAGUUAAAUUGCGGAUUAUGUUCAUUUUGGAAAAGAUGAUUGCUUAUCUUUCUUAAGGAAUACACUUUAAUUAUAAGUACAUUUGAAGUUAAAAUAAAUUAGUAAGCAUUCAUGAUCACA